AGAUCAAGUAUAUCGGUAAUCAUUCAGCUAUCAUUCACUCACAGUACCAUUCACUCUUCGACCGGUUAGCCUUCACGGCAGUCUGUCGCGUAACUUCGGCCGCGGUGCACCCCCCAACAGAAUGCUGAUCAAAGUGCUGCUCGUUGUAUCGAGCGUAGCGCUCUCUAGCUGCGACGUCUCCCACCUGGAGCCCGAGAUCAUCACGGAGCCUCCACCUCCAAAGCCGUAUGCUUUCUCGUACACGGCCGGCAGGUACCCAGGACACACGGACCGUCAGCAUGCUGAAGUGAGCGACGGAAGCGGUGUAGUCAGAGGCACCUACUCCUACGUGGACCCUCGCCAAAAAGUCCGCACGGUGGACUAUGUGGCUGACAGGGAUGGCUUUCACCCAGUUCUGAGCGAUGUACCACCGGAACACCCAGCUGACUCAGCAUCAGUCGCUAAAGCGAAGGAUCGCCACUUCGAGCUCUACGCUAAGAUUGCUGAAGAACAUGCUCACCACCCAUUCCCUGAUGAAACAACAGUGCCCCGACAAUCAGCAGCAGUUGCAGCAGCAGCGGCGAAACACACGCAGCUCUUCAGGGUAAUCGCAGAGCAGCAUGCACGCAUCGCAGCAGAAAGGGAAGCACUCCAGAGAGAAGAAGAAGAAAAGCAACACUUGCAAGAACUCGGACAAUAAAUAAAAUUAUAUACUAACAGGACUAUGGAUAAUGAUGUACUGUCGACAGCGAAAAUCCGGUACCCUUAGAAAUAUUUAUCGAAAUUAGUUUUGCCAAUUCUGUAACAGAUAAUUCUAGAAACGAAGUCAAUAACAAAAAAUAUCUGCUAGUUAAUUUUUAAUGAGAAAUACUAUAGCUUACAUUUAGGAACCUCGAUAAGGAAACACCGAGAUCUACAAGCCGUGGCAUCGCAAAUAAACUACCUGCAUUUAGAUUAGGAUGAUGAUGUUUUAAUUGUAGCGCAACUUUUGAAAGGAUCUCAGAACCCCACAGAGUUUGCAAAUCUAAUUAAUGAAAUUAAGAACAAUGUUAUUGACCUGAUCUUCAACAUUAUUUUUUUAUGUUUAUAUUACAUUUAACAUCAAGGUGAUACUUAAAGAUAUGAAUUUAGUUUUUGAACUAAUUUAAGAUUACAUUUAGAUUGCAUCUUCUAAAAAUCUGUACAUUAUUUUUUUUCUACUAGAUUUAUCUGGAAUAAUGUAAAUAAUUUUCUUUCCAUGACGUUCUUAAUCGUACUAAAUGAACUUAAAUCUAACUUUAAACAUUUGUGAUAUAACAUAUAAAAUACAAAUCAAAAAUGUUAAUUUAAUUUCACAAUGAAGAAGGAGGUACUUUUGUAAUUUUAUAGUUUUCGUACGAUUGCCAUAUUGAAAUUAAAUUAAACAUAAUAUUAUGUA